AUGAAUGCUCUCCACCAGCAUGUCCAACAACUCUCCAUCCUGGCGCUGUUUGAGAUUGUCGCACUGCUCAUUUUAUCAGCAGUAACGGGUAUCUGUUGGACGUACCGUAACCGGGGUUUCUGGUCCUCGUCGUCGGCCAACUCACAGUUCAUUCCCGGGCCGGAGGGGAAGCUAUUCAAAGGCAGUUCUGGAGAGCUCCAAACCAAUGGCGCUGCCAGCUGUAAGGCAUGGUACUCUCUGUACAAACGAUACGGGCCUGCUUAUGAGAUGACCAUUCCCUUCUUUCGCUUGCACAUCAUUAAUCACCCCACCUACCUUGAACAUAUCCAGAAGCACAAUAGCAAGAACUACAUACGCGGCAAAUUCAUCCGUAACGUCUUCGGACCACUUCACAGAUCCGGAAUCUUUAUUGUUGACGGCAAAGAAUGGCAGUUCCAGCGCAAAGCAGCCACACGCGCUUUCAGUAAGCGGAACUUUGAAACUCACAUCACGAAGUCCCUUCACCACUGGCUCGAUAUCCUGAUUGGUCUGCUCUCAAAUCUGGCCAAAGAACAAAAAGAAUUCGACUUUCAAGAACUGAUGGGGCGACUCAUGUUUUGUCUGUUCUUGCAGAUCGCUUUCCACGAGGACAAACUUGGCCGAGAUAUUCUGUCGAAAGACCCCGACUGUCUUAAAUCCACCCCUGAUUACAUUCAGGCAUUCGAUCAAGCGGCCCUUUGCUUUGAUCGGAGGAGACGUGACCCAUUGUGGCGAAUUAGCGAGAAGCUAUCUGGUGAAGAUAAAAUUACCAAGAGAGCCGCAGACCUCUUUUAUGCCAAGAUCGAUGGUCUCAUCAAGAAACGUCUUGAUGCGAUGAAGAAUGGCUAUACGCCUGACCCCGACGCCGGAGUUGAUCUUCUAGAUCUCUUUGCACAGUCAACAACUGAUCCAUACAAGUUGGGCGGAAUGGCAUUCUCAUUCCUAUCAGCCGGACGCGAUACAACCGCAUUCAGUCUUUCGUGGCUGAUGAAGGAGAUACAUCAUAGCGAAAAUCAACAUCUUGAUGCCGCAAAUAAGAUACGCGCUGAGGCUGGUGAACUUGGUCUCACUCAUGAGUAUCUACGUUAUGGAGAUGCGCCAAAAUUACGAUUUUCCAAUGCGAUGUGGGACGAGACAGCUCGCCUGGAUACAGUCUCUCCUGCUGGCCAAAUGGAGGCAGCCCAAGAUGACAUACUCCCUGCAGUGCCCGAACUCAACAUGCCCCCUCGCUAUAUUAAGAAAGGUGAUAUCGUGAGCUAUCAGAAUUAUGUGCUCUCUCGGAUGCCACAAGUUUGGGGAGAUGACGCUGCUGUCUUUGACCCCUACCGAUGGAUUAAUGAAAAUGGGGAUGCAGUCUCGUACAGCCCAUUCAAAUAUCACUCUUGGAAUGCUGGACCGCGCAGCUGUCUCGGACGUGCUCUUGCCACGUAUGAGGGUAUUGCUAUCAGCACUGCAAUACUCGACCAUUUUGAUGUGCUCCUUACAGAUAACCAUAAGAAAUACGAGCCGCUUGCGGCUUUGAAUAUGGGAAUUAAAGGUGGUCUGCGCAUGAGAGUAAAGGAGAGAGCUUCUAGGAUCUGUUAG